AGCACAUCACAUUGCCAACUGAUCUGUUAAAGUGUACCUACUCACCCAAUCCAACCCCAUCCAUUAACAACUUGUCUUGCUCACCAACUUGGUCAAAUCCAUCUCUCUCUUCCCCAUUUCUGUUACACACACACAUAUAUAUAAUAUGUAUAGAUCAUAUUCUUCAUUUCUCACUAUAAAUGACCAUCACUAUUUCCAUCUCUUUCUUUCAUUUCUUCUUAAAUCAUCAUCAAGAAGCGUAGUCCUAUAACAAGAUCUUCCCUCUCCUUAUUCUUCCUAAUAAUCCCAUACUAACAAAUUCGAAGAAAUUUUUGUUUUUCAAGAAAUGGGGCGAUCGCCUUGCUGUGAAAAAGCACACACGAACAAGGGUGCUUGGACUAAAGAAGAAGACCAGCGCCUAAUCAGCUACAUCCGCGCUCACGGCGAGGGCUGCUGGCGUUCCCUUCCUAAAUCUGCAGGAUUAUUGAGAUGCGGCAAAAGCUGCAGAUUGAGAUGGAUAAACUAUCUGAGGCCUGAUCUCAAAAGAGGCAAUUUCACUGAAGAAGAAGAUGAAGUCAUUAUUAAAUUGCACAGCUUGCUUGGAAAUAAAUGGUCUUUGAUAGCUGGGAGAUUGCCGGGAAGAACAGACAAUGAAAUAAAGAAUUAUUGGAACACACACAUCAAACGCAAGCUUCUGAGGCGCGGCAUGGACCCUCACACCCACCGCCAAAUCAACAACAGAAGCCCAACUCCGCCGCCACCACCUGAACAAAACAACUCCUCAUCAGCUGACAACAGCACCACCACCACGGCGGAGGAGGACGGAGGCCUUGACUUGGAUUUGUCUAUUGGGAUCCGGCCAUCUCACCCCAACUACAUCAAAACUGCUUCUUUCAACUCGCCGCCGGAGGUGAGAGCUAUGUGCGUGUGUUGGCAGUUGGGUUUUGGGAAAGGGCAGUUGUGCAUCAAUUGCCAAUCUUACAAUGGAUUUAUACACUUGCUCACAAAUAAUUAAUUUCCCACAGCUUUAACAUACUUUUUACUUCUUUUCUUUUUUUAAAUCUUAUUUUGGGGUUAAAUCAAGUGCAUGCCCCUAAGAUAUCAAAAUGCAUGCAAUUGGUUAAAAUUUAUGAAUCGGGACGGACACAGAAAAAAUCCCGGUCAAAGCUAUAUGUUUUUUAUAUUUUGAGUAUAAAGUUUGGAAAAGAUAAUUUUAUUACGAUUUGAUUUUA